ACAUCAAAUCAUCCCAUGGCUACACGAAGAGCUACUUUCUCCAAAUGGCCUAGGACAUCAAUAUCUACACCAGCAACAAUGCCACCUCUGGGACAACAGUAAAAGGAUGAAGUUCCUCAAGUGUUCAACCAACUUAAAUUCCCAAACGCUCAGGUAUAACCAAUACUAUGUUUCCAAACCUUUGGCUAUUGAGCAGGAAAUAGAUUUAGAUAGUUUUGAUAAUUUAGAAGUGAGUUCCAUCAUCUAUGUGAGGAAGUGGGAUAGGUUUAUGUUGCAUUUUGUGCAUUGGGUGAAGAUGCUUGUCCAUGAAUUCUAUUGUAAAGUUCUGGAUAAGGGUGAUGGGAGCUUUGAGACGUUUUGUGACAGAAAAAUCUUCUUGAGUGGACUCAGCAUUAAUGUCGAAGUCGGUGGUUAG